UAAUGCUAAAAAAACUCGUAAAUUAGACUGUAUUUUUUUAAUGUUGUGAUGUGUAUGAAAUGAUUCAUUUGGGUCUAUAAAGUGUGUAUAUUAAUGUGUACUCAUGAAAGUUGGACAUGUAUUAUUAGAAUAUGGAUUUCUCAAACUUCUCAAUCGUCGCUCAGGUACUUUCCCUCCCUUGCUUUCUCGCCUCACCCCUGACUCGGUCGAGAUGAAUUCCCAACGAUGUUCUGAUUCGGAAAUGGCUUCUCAAGGGGAGGACCGUGAUGUGGAGAUUAUCACCGUCCUAUUUGAUGAAGGUUCCAAGGCGGCGACGACGGAGGUUAGGGCGGAGAUGGAUGACUCCUCCGAAAGCUCUUCUUCCUCCAGUGAAGAUUCCGAUGAUACCAAGUCCGAGGAUGAAUUAAUUUCCAUGGCGGCCGGACGUCCUAACGAUUUCCCUCGCCAUACCCUCGACCUAAAACUGAUUAGGGAGAGGCGGCAAAAACUGACCUCCCACAAUAGGGUCGAAAUUCCGGCCCUAAUCCCAGAUCCUGUGAAUUUCCGACUGUGAGCUGGGCUUCACCCAACGCGUCAUAGGCCUGGGAUGGUUGUAGUUCAUUUUGACUCAAUUAGGGUCGGGCUUAGGUUUCCGCUACAUUCUUUUUUCGUUUCAUUUUUUAAUUUCUAUGAAAUUGUACCGGCCCAAAUUAUGCCGAAUUCCUAUCGGGCAAUGGCGGGCUUUAUUUGCCGUUGUAAGGAUGCCAGUGCCCGACCGACCUUAGAUCUCUUCCAUCAAUUUUUUAAGGUAGCCCCUCAACAAACACACGGCUAUCUGGCCACUAGUGCCCGAACGGGACAUAUUCUGUUCAAGGGCAAUCCAACUUCAAUCAAGGGGUGGAAAGACCAGUUUUUCUUCGUGUCUGUCCCGGACGGCCUAGUUCCCCGCAAAUGGAAUGCCUUCCCCCGCAAAACUCCUGAUCCAGUCCUUACUGAAGAAAUUUACAAGGAUGUGCUUGCUGUGGAGAAAGACAAAUGCAUGGAUAUCAUGAGUUAUCUGACUCCCGAUCGGCUAGUCGAAGCCGGGAUAGGUACUGCCCGUUCUCUUGGGUUUACUUGUUUUGAGAAAUCAAGUGCCAUGGUCCGGGCGGUCCUUCCCGUGCGAGAAACGUUCUCUUUUUCUUUUUUCUAGUUUCUCACACGCUAAGGCCGCUCGGUACUAACAUUUCCCUUUGUUAUUUUUCAGCAUCAAAUCCAGACUUACCCAUGGAUAACAGCAGAGUUCUGGCAGCUGAUGGGGUUGGCAAGCGUAAGAAAGCCAGGAAGAACCCCCAACCUAUUCCCUCUACUGUUACUGCUCAGGAUGUUGGGUCUUCUCAACCAGUUCCAGAGCCACAACCAAUACAACAUGUCCAUCAGGACCAAUUCAAUGCCAUGCUGGUCGAUGAUCGGUUUGGUUCUGAUCAAAUGAAACAAUUUCCUGAGCACUUCCAAGUUGUUCAAGAAAUCGGACAGGGUGCGGGUGAUAUACCCACCGUCCAGCUGUCUGACCAGGUUGACCGGAUCUCACUGGCGGAUCCGGUUCAUGAUGUUGUAGAAAGAGGUGGCUACUCAGCAAGCCAGAUUUGGUCUACCUCUGCCUUGUUCAACAAUUUCACCGUUCCUAAGCUAUCGGUCGAGCAAUCCGAGGAAUGUUUGGCCUUGACAGCCCUGAAGGUAUUUUACUCUUUUCUCUACAUAUCUCAUAUGUUGAAUUAGGUGAGGUCAUUAAGC